AUGAGCACUUCAAGAGUAAUCCAACGACUGCGACUUGUUCAAAACUCCCUAGCAAGACCUUUCAAUUUCAUUCCAACCUCAUCUGGACCAGCUGCCUCUGGCCGAUUCGCGACAAUGGCGACCACGACCGAUACCAGCAAAUACAAGUUUAACCACUCCAUGAUCCGGGUCAAGGACCCCAAGGAGUCGGUUAAAUUCUACGAGUUCCUCGGAAUGAGCGUCAUCAAGAAGAUUCAGAACCCCGACGCCAAGUUUGAUCUGUACUUCCUCGCGUACAACGGCGCCAAGGCCGCCUACCACGGCAACUCGUUUGUCAACCGCGAGGGCAUCAUCGAGCUCACGCACAACUACGGCACCGAGAACGACCCCGACUACAAGGUCGUCAACGGCAACACGGAGCCGCACCGCGGCUUCGGCCACACGUGCAUCAGCGUCGACAACCUGCAGGCCGCCUGCAAGCGCAUCGAGGACGCCGGGUACAAGUUCCAGAAGAAGCUGACCGACGGACGCAUGAAGCACAUUGCCUUUGUUCUGGAUCCCGACGGCUACUGGGUCGAGGUUAUUGGCCAAAAGUCCAUCGAGCAGACUGAGAAUGUCACCGAGACUGACCCCGGCACCUAUCGAUUGAACCAUACCAUGCUUCGCGUCAAGGACAUUGAAAAGUCGCUCAAGUUUUACCAAGACACUCUUGGUAUGACCCUGAUUCGCAAGCACGAGGCCGAAGCUGCCGGCUUCAAUCUGUAUUUCCUCGCCUACCCUGCCGACCAGGGCCUGCCGAGCGACGAAAAGACGAGCCACCGCGAGGGUCUGCUCGAGCUCACCUGGAACUACGGCACCGAAAAGGACGAGGCCUUCAAGUACCACAACGGCAACGACCAGCCGCAGGGCUUUGGUCACAUCUGCAUCUCGGUGGAUGACCUCGACGCUGCUUGCCAGCGCUUCGAAGAGCAGGGUUGUAGCUGGAAGAAGAGGCUGACGGAUGGCCGCAUGAAGAACAUUGCCUUCCUCCUCGACCCUGAUGGUUACUGGAUCGAGGUGGUCCAGAACGACAAGUAUGGAUCCAAGUACACGGUCGAGUCCUAA